AUGCGCAAGACGCGGCUGCGCUGCAUGGCCGUCGACCACGCAUGCAACGUGCUCGAGAGCGCCGCGCUGCUGGCGGUCAAGGCGGUGGUCUGCGUGAACCUGGAGUCCGGGGCAGUGGCGGCCGGGGCAGUGUGCUGGCGGCUGGUCUUUGCCCCUCUCUGGGGGCUGUGGCUGCUGACAACGGCGGCGUCGUGGCUCAAGCCCCCCAGCGAGCGCAUGCUAGGCAGGAUCGCCGACCUGGUGUGCUUGAGUGCCGUGUUUGUUGCGCUCAAGCUGGACGGGGUGGUGAUCUACUCCUGGAAGGUCGUCUUCCUGGUGCCCUGGAUGUGGUUUGGCGCUGUCUUCCUGGCGGCGCUCGCAGCCCUGGGCUUCAUGGCCGCCGCGUACUCAUGCGUCCGCGUGCGCGAGCUGGCAAUGCCACUCGGCACCCUUGCGCUGCUGGGCUGCGCCAUGGCGCAGCUGCCCGGCUGGGUGGCGCUGGCGCGGCUGCUCGAUGGAAACAUGGCCAUUGCGCCGGCGCAUGUGCUGGCACCCAUGGCAAUCGGUUGGUUUGGCAUGUGGCUGUCGGGGCUGGUCAUCAGUGCCGGCCUGCGGUGGAAGGAGCAGCUGCGCGCGCGGCUGGCGGCCGCGGGGCGCACAUGGACGGCAGACGAUGCGACCCACCGCAGCGUCAUGCGCGCUGACCUGGCGGAGACUCAGCGGCAGGUGGACCGCAUGAGCGAUGACCAGCUGGCCAAGGUCACGCGCAAGCUCAUGAAGCACAAGGAGAAGCCGGAGGCGCUGCUGCGGGUGGGGGAGACGUUGUGGCGGCGAGCAGCAGAAGGGGCAGCUGUGGCGGGCAUGGAGAGCGUGCUCAAGGACGGGGUGGCAUCAGUGACGGGGCCCUGCAAGGCACCGGCUAGUGUGCAGACGCCACAGCUGCAGCCGCCACCGCUGCAGCUGGACAGGAUGAGGGGCAGCGGCACCAACGAGGAGGUAUGUGUGGCAAGCGAUGGCGGCGCGUUCAGCGUCAGCAGCAACAACGGCGGCGGCAGCAGGGCGCCGGCCGAGCGCAUGAUUACCAUCACCGACCCCAUCAAUGAUCUCGAGUUGGGCGGUGCGGUGACUGUGGAGAUUCGCAUACGCGCUGUUCUGUACAACUUCACACCUGCUAGAUGA